AUGUUGAGCAGCUUUUUCUUUAAUAUGUUGAGAUCUAGACCUUUAAGUUUUGCUUCAGUGAUCUCAAAAACAGGAACCCUGUAUUUGCCACUAUUCCAGUUGGUGCUCUCGGACUCACCAUGUGAAGAAAAUGAAAUGUGUUUAAAGUAUAAAGAUCAAUAUCCUCAUGACUGGUAUAUCUGGUUCUUGCUACUAAUUUGCUUAGUGGCUCUCCUCUUUGGAGUAGUGCUCUUCUGCUUCCAGUGCUGGCUGAGACCCCAAGUUGGUUCCCCAAGACGAACUAUGGCUGUUUUUGCAGUUGGAGACUUGGACCCUGUUUCUGGAAUGGAAACAGCUGUGAGCCCAACUGUUGGAAUUCACCUUCAAACUCAAAACCCUGAACAAUAUCAUGUCCCAUGUCAUAUAACAUUAGGUCCUCCACCUCCAUAUGAAGAAACUCUAAAAUCAACACAAUUUUGA